AUGAUGAUGAUAUAUCAAAUGGAGAUAAAAUAAAUAUAGAUGAAAUGAUAGAUGAUUUAGAACAAAUAUCAGCAAGAAUAAUUAAUGAUAUUAAUGUGUUUGAUUCUAAUAAUGAUGAUAAUUUGCAACCUCCUACUUUGCUUGAACUUUUUGACUCAUAA